AUGUGGGACAAUAUCAGCUGCUGGCCACCGACCCCCCACGGACAAACUGCCACCAUCCCCUGCCCAGAGAUCCUACAGAUCAUAACCGGCGUCCAAGGAUCUGUGAACCGAAACUGUACGGAGAAAGGGUGGUCACUGACUUUUCCACCGAUGGACGUGGCCUGCGAGUACAACGUCAAUGACACGGAGUCCGAGGACGUGGUAAGACCUAUCCUGAUUAUAUGUACAGAAGGGACUGUGAGAAGGUGACCUCUGACCUUGGCCUGUGUUUUAUAGCAGGAGUAUUAUAUGCACCUGAAGACCCUGUACACGGUGGGAUACGGCAUGUCUCUGGCUUCACUGGUGAUGGCUCUGAUCAUUCUGCUAUCAUUUCGGUGGCCAUUGCUGUAUAUAUAAUAUAUACCUCUCCUGCUCUCUCCUGUCUGCAGAAGGACUGUAAGUACGUCAUGGUCUUCUUCCAGUAUUGCAUUAUGGCCAAUUACAGCUGGCUGCUUGUGGAGGGGCUCUACCUGCACACACUUCUGGUGGUCUCCUUCUUCUCCGAGUGGAAGUACUUCUGCUGGUAUAUUGCCCUCGGCUGGGGCUCUCCUCUGGUCUUCAUCAUCGCCUGGUCUGUGUGCCGCCAUCUGUACGAGAAUACCGGGUGCUGGAACAUCAAUUCUGACGCCAGUAUCUGGUGGAUCAUCCGCGGGCCGGUCAUCCUCGCCAUCUUUAUAAACUUCAUCCUGUUUGUGAGAAUCAUCCGAAUUCUGAUGAAGAAGCUGAGAACGUCGGACGUCUGGGGGAACGACUUCAACCAAUACAAGGCUUCGUGGUGGCCGUACUCUACUGCUUCCUGAAUGGAGAGGUCCAGUUUGAGAUCCAGCGGAAGUGGCGCAGAUAUCGCCUCCGGAAACACCUCUGGCUGCGGCAGCAGAAACACUCGACGGUCAGUAACGGAGGAAGCGUCCUCACCCAGGUGGUGCAGGUCAGCCGUAGCAGUCAGAGGGAGUCCAGGAAAUCCUCCACCACUCCCAUGACCAGUCUAAUCUGA